CCCAGGCUGGUGUGCAGUGGCUCAAUCUCAGCUCACUGCAACCUCUGCCUCCCGGGUUCAAGGGAUUCUCCUGCCUCAGCCUCCCAAGUAGCUGGGAAUACAGGCGCCCGCCACCACGCCUGGCUAAUUUUUGUAUUUUUAGUAGAGACAGGGUUUCACCAUGUUGUCCAGGCUAGUCUUGAACUCCUGACCUUGUGAUCCGCCCGCCUUGGUCUCCCAAGGUGCUGGGAUUACAGGCGUGAGCCUUCACCCAGCCUAUCAAAUGAGUUUUAUGGAGUCUUCCUCCCUUGGUAAUGUUUUUCCUCCUUCAAUUUUCUGUGCACAUUCAAGUUUCUGGAAAUUGUGCCAUACCAGCAAGAUUAGUUCUCUUUUUUUUUGAGACGGAGUCUUGCUCUGUUGCCCGGGUUGAGUGCAGUGGCGCUAUCUCGGCUCACCACAACCUCUGCCUCCCGGGUUCAAGCAAUUCUCCUGCCUCAGCUUCCUGAAUAGUUGGAACUACAGGCACAUGCCACCAUGCCCGGCUAAUUUUUGUAAUUUUAGCAGAGAUGGGGUUUCACUAUGUUGGCCAGGCUGGUCUGGAACUCCUGACUUCGUGAUCCCCCCCAGGCUAGAUCUCCCAAAGUGCUGGGGUUACAGGCGUGAGCCACCGCCCGCAGCUGAUUAGUUAUCUUUUGAUGGCUGCAUUAUAUGGCCAAAUCAUGAUUUAUUUAGUAGUAAUAAAUAGCUGGUUAUUUGGGGGUUUUCCAGUCCCUAUUGCAAAUGGCUGCAGUAGCAUCAAUGUAUGUGUCUGUUUAUAUGUGUGACUAUAUCUAUAGAGUGUAUUUCUAGAGGUGAAAACGCCAGGCCAGAGUACAUAUGGACUUUAUCCAUUCCUCAGUGGACUUUUUGGCUAUUAGGAAUAAUGCUGCUGUGAACAUUCAUAUACAGGUUGUUGCAUGGACACGUUUUCAGUAUAACACCCAGGAGUAGAAUGGCAGGAUCACAUGGUAUCUCCAUGUUUAAUGUUUUAAGGAACUGUCAGACUCUUUUUCCGAAUGGCUACGCCGCUAGCGUUCCCACAAGCAAUGCACCAAUUAUUCCACAUCCUUGCCAGCACUUAAUAUUGGAUUGACAAGAUUCUUUCACAGUGGAGUAGGUUUGUAAAAAUUAAUGCAUGUUGUCACUUCCGUCCACCCUGCCCUUAAAUACAUCAUUUUUUAACUUAGUCCCUUGACAUUUUUAUUGCAGCCUAUUUAAUCUGUAAAUUGAAUUCCCAUAGAUCCCAGGAUACUUCGUGUGCGUGUAUUUAAUAUAGGAUGCUUAAUCCCUAUUUUUGUUCCUGUCAUCAUUUGUUAUAUAAUCACUAUUGUUUAGUAUCUAGCCACCCACACCACUAUACUGGGCAUUUACUCUUACUAGGAGCAGACUAAGGGGUUUAACUCUCAUUCCAACCCCAUCCACCUCUCACGGAGCCAUUCAUUCACCUCUUGCCAUGUGCAAUGACAUGGAUUUUUUUACUUGAGCUGUACUGCUAGUUCAGUUUCAGUCCACCAUGAAAACAAAAGGUCAUAAAGACAGUGUAGGCCGGGCACAGUGGCUCACGUCUGUAAUCCCAGCACUUGGGGAGGCUGAGGUGGGUGGAUAACCUGAGGUCAGGAGUUCGAGCCCAGCCUGGCCAACAUGGUGAAACCCCUUCUCUACUAAAAAUUCAAAAAUUAACUGGGCAUGGUGGCACGUGCCUAUAGUCCCAGCUACUUGGGAGGCUGAGGCAGGCGAAUCUCUUGAACCAGGGAGAUGGAAGUUGCAGUGAGCUGAGAUUGCGCCACUGCAUUCCAGCCUGGGUGACAGAGUGAGACUCCACCUCAAAAAACAAAACAAAACAGGCGGUGUAAACUGUAAGCGUUAAAGCUAAAAAGAUGCUGGGUACACAUCAGAAUGAGCUGUUACCAGUCUAGGAAACUGGAGGAAGUGGGGAGGUUGAGGAGGGUUUUCAAGGAAAAAAUACUAGAUUUUUCUAUGAACCUCCUUAAUGUCAGAGGUCUGAAUCUUUAUCUCUAUUUUCCCAUCCCUUAAAUAGGGACCUCCAUUCAUGGCAGUGUACUUUCUCCUUUCCUCAGGAAAAAAAAAUUUAAAGACUCUAACACUACUGCAUAUAUCUAUGUUUGAUAAUUUAUAAGAUGUAAUAGUUGGUGCAGAGCUUUGACUUAUUUUACUAUUUUUAUUUUUAAAAUUUCUGAUUAGGCUGGGAGCAGUGACUCAUGCCUGUAAUCUCAGCACUUGGGGAGGCCAAGGUGGGCAGAUCGCUUGAGCCCAGGAGUUCAAGACCAGCCUGGCCAAUAUGGCAAAACCCCUACUCCGGAGGCUGAGGUGGGAGAAUCACUUGAGCCUGGGAGUUCAAGGCUGCAAUGAGCUGUGUUCAUUCCACAGCACUCUAGCCUGGGCAAAAGAGACAUAGUGAAACUCUGUCUCAAAAAAAAAAAGAAAGAAAAGAAAAAUUCUGAUUAGUAAAGAAUAUUGGUAAUAGCUACUGGCUAAAAGAUUCUUGGUGGUUUGUGUUAAAUUUCUUUACCUUUUUAAAAACAAGUUUUCCAGUGUCUGCCAUGAUCUAACUUUUAAAGACUGUCUGUAUUAUAAUAGUAAAUAAUUUUAUUGGAAAAACACUAAUUGAGGUCAGGAUUGCCAUUUUAAAGCACUAAUUAAUGGUGAUAUAUUGGAUACUCAUCAAAUAAACAAAUACAGCAUUGUCUCCUCCCUCCUUCCUUUUUAAGAUCUUUAAAAUUCACAGCAGACAUUAGACAGGGAAAAUUUAUUCAUUAAUUCAAGAAGUAUUUAUUGCAUGCUUACUAUGUAAAAUAGUCAUGCAUAUUCAUUGCAGUGAUGGAAGUAUGUUUUUCUUGAUAGAAAAGGAAUGCUGUUAUGUAGAACACUGAGUCAAGGAGAAAAAUUGCUUUUUCUUCAAGAGUUUUGUGUUAUAGUAGAUUAUCCAGUUUCAGGAAUUGAAGCCCAUCAUAGUGUGUAGUGUGCAUUUUUCUUCUUGCCUAUGUCUUGGUUCUCCUUUACUUACACUUAAAUUUGUCUGUAAUGUGAAUUUGUUUUCUUGAUUUCUAUGCUUGCUUAAUUCUUCAACAUCUUCACUUCUGAUAUUCAUGUUAGUUAUCUGCUUUAAAUCUAAUUCCUCAGGCACUCCAACACCACAUGGAGGCAACAGUUUGACAGUUUCAAAUGUCACUCCUUAAGUGGACAUACAGAGUAGUUGGGCACAGACAUGAAUGGAAGGUGGAAUAAUUGUGUUGCAGAAAUGGUACUGAUGCCAGGGAGUUGCCAGUCAGUGCAAAUUGUAAUUGCUCUGUGCUUUUGAAUGGGAAGGAAUGUUCGCAGUUUCUGCUGGGGUUAGGAAGAGCUGGACUGAAACCACACUGUGGAUUUUUAGGAUGGAAGAAGGGCAUUGAUGCACACAAGUGACAUUUCUUGGAAAUUUCUGAGAUAGUCUGUGGGAAUCACUGAAUUGAUAGGACAGGGGAAAGAAUUUCAAGAGAUCAAAACCCUCCACAUUCCCCUGUGAAGAAGCCAAAGGGCCAGAGAUAAAAUUGGGCCACAAUGAUGUAGUUUCUUUUUGGCAAAGCCAUGACUACCUGACUUUUACUGUUGCCAGCAGAUAAAGCUGCUUCACAGAGUUGUACAUAAAUGAUUUAUUGGAUAUCUCCUAGUUAGUCCUGUGCUACUUAGGCUAGGAGAUGAAUAAUUACCUACUGAAUUUGAGGAAAAUGAGCAAAACAAGUACAUCAUUCAGGUCUUCUGCAGAUCAUGCUGUUUUCCAAAUUGACUGUCAUUAACAGCCCCAGUUUUCCGGAUAUUUUAUUCAUUCAACAUAUGCAUAAUGAAUAUGUGCAAAUGAAUACCUACUCUGCCAAGCUUUCUUCCCCUCAAGUGCUAAAAAUAGAGCACUGCUAGAGAUAGUCCCUGCUCUCAUGGAGUUUAUGUUUUCAGUGUUAAUUGAGAAAAUAACACUGGGAGGGUCUGAGGGAGAACUAGCAUAUAGAGUAACCAUAUCGCAUAUUGCGGUUGAAAUCUUUAGGGAAGAAAAACUUUAAUCAAAGAGUUUUUGAAGAGCCAAUUCUAUGAGGCCAGCUAAGCUAGCCACUAGGCAUGAGGACACCGGGGAAACCUAGUCUCUGCCCCAUCCCAGGGUUGAGCACAGACAGAUUAUUAGUAACCUUUUGCAGCCUCGAUGCUUUCAUCUGCCACAGAUUUGUUGUGAGAAUGAAAUGAAGGGGAUGCAUAUGAAGUGCCUGGCUUCAUGCCCAUUGAUGGCCAGGGCUGCAUCAGUGUUCUCUUGUGUCACACGCGUGACAGCAGCCGCGAGGACAAAGGGCAGGCUGAGGCACAGUCAUCACGGCUGGAAGGGUUUCAAGCUAAGAAGCAAACAUUCCCGUGUACUUGCACAAAAGGUUCAGUGAAUCAGCACAGUGGAAAUGCAGUGUGUUCCUCUGUCUGCUUCUGAGAGCGAGCUCAGGGCAGAAAUGCUCCAGAUGAGGCUGGCUCUGUAUUUGUCAGAGCAGCGGAGGAGGUUUGGUGCCGUGGUGAUCAUCUUUUCUGCCUUGGGAUAAAUGCUAGAGUUUCUCUUUAGAAAGAUUCCCUGUAAGAGGAGGAAUAAACCAAAGCUGUUACUUCAUUCUUGAGGCUAUUGUUAUGUAUUUUUAUUAUACUGAAGACUUAUAUUGCCUAAUAUUAAAUUGCAGCUAAGCUUAUUGUUGGGGAGGUCUUCUUAAAGAUGGGAGACCCCUCUACCAUGGGAGAGCCUGAGGUAGAAAAUAAAACAAUAUGUGAAAUUAUUUACUGAUAGAAUAUAAAUUUUCAGAGUGGUUAAUUUAAAAAAUGCUCUUGUAUAUGUUUUAAAAUAGUGUUUCACAGACGAUUAUCCAAAAGAUUUGAAACUGAUGGUGCAUAUUAUUGGCAGACAGGGUCUUUUUUUGUUUUUUUGUUUGUAAAACAAAUUGCUUUCAAAGGACCUUUCCAUGCUUAAUGUGUAGCAGAGAGACAAGUUAUUUGGAAAGGUUGGGAAUAUGAUAUAAAGAAGAAAUGAGAUCUUUAAAUCUAUUUUUUAUUACCCUGGGAAAAAUGAAUUUUAGUAGCCAGUAUUUUUUGUUUUCCUUCCCAUCUUAGCUACUGAAUAUUUUUAUAACCUAAGUAAAUCCUUCACAUUAACAUUGUUAUAAGGAUCUGUAAGUUGACAUGAAAACAUGGACAGACCAUCUGAACAUCUCAAAGCCACGCCUCAUCUAGAUCAGGCACCUUUAUGAAUGAGAUCGCCUUUGUUUUGCCAUUCUCUACAGCAGACCAAAGAGUGCAUCAAAUGUACAUUAUUUCAGCAUAGAUAAUGAACUUGAAUAUGAGAACUUCUACGCAGAUUUUGGACCACUCAAUCUGGCAAUGGUUUACAGAUAUUGUUGCAAGAUCAAUAAGAAAUUAAAGUCCAUUACAAUGUUAAGGAAGAAAAUUGUUCAUUUUACUGGCUCUGAUCAGAGAAAACAAGCAAAUGCUGCCUUCCUUGUUGGAUGCUACAUGGUUAUAUAUUUGGGGAGAACCCCAGAAGAAGCAUAUAGAAUAUUAAUCUUUGGAGAGACAUCCUAUAUUCCUUUCAGAGAUGCUGCCUAUGGAAGUUGCAAUUUCUACAUUACACUUCUUGACUGUUUUCAUGCAGUAAAGAAGGCAAUGCAGUAUGGCUUCCUUAAUUUCAACUCAUUUAACCUUGAUGAAUAUGAACACUAUGAAAAAGCAGAAAAUGGAGAUUUAAAUUGGAUAAUACCAGACCGAUUUAUUGCCUUCUGUGGACCUCAUUCAAGAGCCAGACUUGAAAGUGGUUACCACCAACAUUCUCCUGAGACUUAUAUUCAAUAUUUUAAGAAUCACAAUGUUACUACCAUUAUUCGUCUGAAUAAAAGGAUGUAUGAUGCCAAACGCUUUACGGAUGCUGGCUUCGAUCACCAUGAUCUUUUCUUUGCGGAUGGCAGCACCCCUACUGAUGCCAUUGUCAAAGAAUUCCUAGAUAUCUGUGAAAAUGCUGAGGGUGCCAUUGCAGUACAUUGUAAAGCUGGCCUUGGUCGCACGGGCACUCUGAUAGCCUGCUACAUCAUGAAGCAUUACAGGAUGACAGCAGCCGAGACCAUUGCGUGGGUCAGGAUCUGCAGACCUGGCUCGGUGAUUGGGCCUCAGCAGCAGUUUUUGGUGAUGAAGCAAACAAACCUCUGGCUGGAAGGGGACUAUUUUCGUCAGAAGUUAAAGGGGCAGGAGAAUGGACAACACAGAGCAGCCUUCUCCAAACUUCUUUCUGGCGUUGAUGACAUUUCCAUAAAUGGGGUCGAGAAUCAAGAUCAGCAAGAACCCGAACCGUACAGUGAUGAUGACGAAAUCAAUGGAGUGACACAAGGUGAUAGACUUCGGGCCUUGAAAAGCAGAAGACAAUGCAAAACGAACGCUAUUCCUCUCACAGUAAUUCUUCAAUCCAGUGUUCAGAGCUGUAAAACAUCUGAACCUAACAUUUCUGGCAGUGCAGGCAUUACUAAAAGAACCACCAGAUCUGCUUCAAGGAAAAGCAGUGUUAAAAGCCUGGUCCCUCAGAGGAAAGGAAGGACAAGGAGUGCUUUGCAGCACGUGCCCCUGGCGGCGUCAUGUCUCUCCAUUUCAAGGACUAAAACAGUCUUGCGUUAAGUAAAAACCUGUGACCAGAGCUGAAGGAAGACUCUAGGACUGAAAACUGCAACAGAAAUUAGCACAAUUUGAAAACAAAACAAAAUUGCAAAAGCCUUAGUUGCUUUUUCCACCUAAGAAGUUAAUCAAUGGAGAAAAUGUCCACUGGAGUUUGAAUAAUGAACUUUGAGUUUGGGUGCAAGCAAAUGACUCAGAGAAGGGUCCAGCUCUCAAGCUGAAUGACAAACAUGCUGUUGUAAAUUUAGUCUCAGGUGUAAAUACCCAAGCCCUCUGGUACCCAGGGAGCUGGCUGGUCUGUGGUGCAUGUGUGUCCCUGUGAUGGCAAUCAUUGUAGUUGCUGGCCUUCAGAAGAAUUGAGGAUCUGAUGGAGGUUUUUUAUGUAUUUAUUUUCUGUUCACCUUGUGACCCUGUGUCAAAAUUUAUAAAGAUACAAAAGGCAUUACUGAAAUGGUACUUUCUGUAAUUUGAUACUAUUUGGCUUAAUCAUCUUCACUUGACUAUUUGUAAUACUGUUGUAAUGUUAACUCUGUUAAGUACCCAAGCUGCUUGUCUUCCACCAAAGAGUGCUUUAUUAACAAGAAUCUGUGAAAAUCACAUUUAAACACUGUUGCAUGUUGUAAGACCAGGUGGUACCUUAGUAACCUAAAACUUGCAAGAGAAUAUUAAUGGUAGCUUUAGAAGACUCAGGAGGAGAAACUGACUUCAGAGUUGGAAGAUGUUGCAAGUCGUUCCUUUUUCUGUCCUUCAGGGACUGAAGAACUGGGAGGCUGCCCAUUGUUUGGUUGCCAGUCAUACAAAUUAAAAUCAUAUUUCCUUCCGUGAAUGGAAGAAACACACUAUUGGUUUUUCCCCUUGGAAACAGCAAUCCCAAAUAAUGUCGGCUUACAAAAAAAGAAGUUACCACUUUUUGAGAGUCCUUCCCUGUAACAUUGGAUUUUUUUUUUCCCUUAUGAGAUCCACCUAAGGCCAUUGACGUGGCCUGCGAUCUCAGUGACAAUGAUCUGCUUCUGGAUCUCACUGUUGCCUUUGGUUAGGGAACACAACUAGUAACUCUGCAGAGUGCCUUCUCCCGCAGCCCUACUGGAACACAGCAGAGUCUGUGCCAUGAAGCAAUUACAGAAACAGAAUUGAUGUGCUGCUAAAAAAAAAAAAAUGGGGCCCAAAAUAAAAGAAUAUAUAGUACUCACCUCAGUUCCUUCCAUAAGAAGUGGGUGGUUUAAUGAUUGUUAAGCCAUUUUUGCCUGUGCCGGGAGCAUGGAGGGCUGAGAUGUCGACAGGCAGUGGGAAACAAAUGCCCUCCUAAGCCACAAGGCGUGCGCCAGAUCAGUAGGCAACUCCAUUUUAAGAAGCUGCCUUUUUCACAAAACUGGAAGAAAUAAAAGCGGUUGGAAUAAACAAGUUAAAAGUCUUUAAUGCAAAAAGUAAUUGAAAGGCAGUGCCUCCAUUUUGGUGUACUUUCUUGGAAGAAAGUAUAAAAUUGACCGGCAUCAUGAGAGACGGAAGAUGCCGUGUUCUCAGCCAAACAAGCAACUCUUUCCCCGCCAGGCACUGUCGGGUGGGGUCAGGCCAGCUUUUAAACACUGGGGACUGGAUCACAGAAAAACAGUGGUUUUCUGUCCCUGGAAAUGAAUAGGCACAAAGACCCACUUGGCUGUGGGCAGACUACUCUUCAAUAAGAUUUGGGUGGGAGGAGGAACAUUCCUUUUGCUAUUUUGAGCUGAGACAAUAUAAAUAUUCAAACUGUGCCAUGCAUAAAGCAUUGAAUUCUCAGGGCACCUCUUCUUCCCCUUACCCCUUUUAAGGCCAUCCCCUCCAUUAAUAAUAAUCCAGGUAGUUGUGAAAAUCGUGCUUCUAUCUGAUCCCUUCUUAGUUUGGCUUUUCAUCCCAUCAGAACAAGUAAACGUAGGCGCCACAGCUCUUGUGAGUACUGUCUCCCUCACGGUGAAUGAGCCUCCUGGUGUUUCGUCCAAGAAAAGAAAGGGUGUCACUGGAACCACAGCCCUUUUUCAUUUUAUAAACUGCCUCUUCAUGUUGCCUGCUCAAGUUUCCACCUAGAAUUGCUAUCACUGUGGCUCUUUCUAAAAAUCUUUCUAUUUAACUGGUUCACUGAAAUUAGUCAUAGAAAACUUGUGAUUUGGUGAAGAGGCAUUCCUUGUAAUAACCAAAUGACUUGGGAUGGUGUGCAUAGCAACAGUGUUACACUUACGAGGACUGUCUCUAGCAUCCAGGAAGUCUCUGGGUCUGAGGGAUGGAAAGUUCUUCCUGCUAUGAAUGAGAGUGGACUCUUCCCCUCAUCCCCAACUGAAACCACAAACAACCAGAAUCUUCUGGAAUUCUGACUUAGAGUCGUUGUUACAGAAGACCUUGUUGCUAUGGAACAUGAAACUCUGUGUCAGAUGGAGAGAUCCCCUUAACCUAAGAGCCUUAAAUAGCCCUGAAAGUACACCGGGACGGUUUGCAAUGGAAUUAAAAUUGGAAGUGAAUAUUUUUAGGUGCUCUUGAAGCUUUCUGGGGACUCAAAAUUAUCAAGAGUCAGGGACAGUCCGGAGGAAGAGCGUCUGCAAAACUGGGUUCCUAGAAGUACAGAUGGACUUAGCUUUUUGUAGAAUUUGGUGAGGAGCAGCGCCUCGUGAGAGCAGAAUGGCCUGGCGUGGCCAGUGCUUCCCGGCAGCACGCAGCUCUGCGGCCUCCAGAAUUCCCCUGUUCUGAGCUUGAUGCCCCUAGCCUGUCCCCUACCUACUUCCUCCCCUCCUCUCUAGCCCUCUCACAGGGGUGAUUGCUACCUCUCUGUUUUCUUGGGCCUAGGCAAGUUUUAGAGGAGUUCCCAAGCAUUGUUAUGAGGCCAGUGUGCUCGAGGCCAGUGUGCUUGCUGGGCGGGAUGGCCUGGGCUUGUGUGUGGCCUGAGGGCUCUCCUGGGGCCUUCUCUUUCCCCAGUCACCUUUGGAGCCACAGAAGCAGUGCACUCAUUGGAUGUCUGUUCUUAACACAGCUUCUCUUUCUACAUUAAAAAAAAUCAUUAUUGCAUUUUGGAAAGCAGUGCUCAUCAAAAGCAACUUUUAAAACCUAUUUUAUUGUUCCUUUAAAUGUUCUCUCCCGCUGAAACUGCCCUGGAGAGGCUAUCUGCUGCUCUUCCAUUUACCCACAUCAGGGUAUUCUCCAUGUCACUCAGUGGAGAUGACUCCAGAUGUGUUUAAAGACUGGACAAUUCACCUAUACUGUGUAGGAAAUUACCUCCUUAAUUACCUGGUAGAAUUGUCAGCAGACAUGUUCAUCCGAUGAUAGUACUGCAGUUUUCUAUUAAUAAUUUGCAGACUUUUAUCUAACCUGCACUCAUGUACAGAUUAUUAAAAGUUUUAAAAUGUAACUGAUCAGUAUUGAUCAAUCAUUGUCUUGAUUUUUUUUUACAGCGUAUAUUUCUAAUCAUAUUUUUUAAAGCCAAGAGAACUGGUUGAAUGAAUGUUUAUUUUCCUGAAGGUAUUUUUAAGAUAAAGCUUCCUAAUGGCGUGUAAACUUUGCAUAUGUAUGUAGUUUGAUACAUAUUGUCACAUUUGAAAAUCUUGUGGGUUGUAACUGGUUUUAUACAAAAUAUCGAAUAGUGGAAAUUGUAUAAUUACAAUCAUGUAAUUAAAAGUAUUAACCCAACA